AUGUCUUUAUCCCCAAAUAGCAGCGCGGCAGCUCUCAAGCGCAAGCUGCAGCAAGCGGAAAGCCGCUAUGAGCCUACAACAAAACGACACAGUAUCUCGGGAUAUGAUCCACAGACCCCAUGGCUCUAUGAAACGACAAAACCGCGCAAUGGCCGGCGUACACUAGGUGACCCGGCAGUCCAACACUCCUUGCCACUGGCAAAUAUGGUUUCGGCCGUGCAAGAUCUAAUCGAUCCGGAUUUCGACCCAUUAACUGCGAUCCUGGACGAGGAGCCCCGAUUUCUGAAGCCGUUGCCCGCUCGGAUAGCACCGGAAGAUUUGGAAUUUCUACGCUUUCGAGGUGCUUUGACGAUCCCGGAAAGUGGCCUUCGAAAUGAGUUGCUGCGGUCAUAUAUCAAAUGGGUACAUAGCUUUAUGCCUGUUCUCAACUUGCAAGAGCUUUUGAGACGCGUGGCGGAGAAUGACCCAGAUGGAAACAUCAGUGUUUUACUAUUUCAGGCUGUCAUGUUCGUGGGCACGGCAUUUGUCGAUCUGCAGCACCUACAAGAUGCUGGGUACUCCACGAGGAAGGAGGCGCGCAAUGCGUUCUUUACGCGACUCCGACUCCUAUACUCCCUUGACUGCGAAGAAGAUCGCAUCGUUAUUGUGCAAACUGUGUUGCUAAUGACAUAUUGGUCUGAUACCGAGAAUUUCCCGCAACGAGAUAUAUGGGACUGGGUUGGUGUCUGUAAUACACAGGCUUAUUCUAUUGGAUUAAAUAAUGACUCUUCGACGGCCGAUAUUGACCCCACGCUACGAAGAUUGCGCACACGAUUAUAUUGGUGUAUGUACUCCCGUGACAGAUUGAUUGCCAUGGGAAUGCGCCGACCGCUGCAAGUGAAUGAAGGAACGAGCAAUGUCCCAAUGCUAAAACUUGAGGAUUUUGAUUUCGAGCCUUUCUCGCCUGCGGCAGUUGCUCUCUUCCGCUGUCGACAGCUAGAAGAUGUGUCACACCAAAAGCGCCUGUCCACAAUGUUCAUUGAAAUGGUUAAACUGUGCCAGUGCAUCGGUCGUGUACUGUUUGCGCAGUAUGCUCCGUCGCAACAUCAAUUUGGUGCAACUGACAGAACAACUAUCACGCUAAUUCCUCGACAAGCGUCAGAAUCCGAGUUUACUCGCUGCACGCAGAAACUUGACUCAUGGCUAGGAUCUCUGCCUAAGGACGCACAGUUUAUCCCGGAAUCUAAAACCACUUUCCGUGAUGGUGAAGAUGUACUUCUCUUGCACGGUGCUAUGCUUCGUAUGCUUUAUCAUGCAACCAGCAGUGCCCUGCAUCGACCUUGGGCAGCCAAUUCCAAAAAUCAGUCCAAGUCUCGCAUUGAGUGGCGGAAUAUAGCGCGUACGAAAAUGCAGGAUGCUGCUUCCGGGAUUACACAUAUAGUUCAAGGUCUGAAUCAGCUAAACCUUACCCGGUUCUUACCGCAAUCUGGCGUCACGGUUAUUCUGCCAGCAGCAGUUGCACACCUCUCAAACUCCAUGUCUGAUAACCCUGCCAUCCGUGAAAGCAGCAUCUACAACUUCCAACGGUGCAUUCAUGUACUACACUGUCUAAAGGACAUGUAUCCAGCCGCUAAUGUCGAGUUUGCAAAUCUCGAAGCCGCGAUCAAGUUGCAAUCAGGCAAUUAUAACUCUAACACUUUCUUCCAAAUCAUGCAAUAUAACUUCGACACCUCAACCCCUUCCUUCGACGACUUCCGCAAGCAAAGCAAUGCUGAAUCAAUAUCAAGCCCUCAAGCAUCACGACAAGAAGAAAAAAGACCAUCAAAUGAUACCCAAUCUACAGUUUCUCAAUCCGCCAGAACCCCAUCUUUUCAGCAAGACAACCGAUCCCAACAACGCAAACCAAGUGUAACUCCCACCGAUCAACCCUAUACACCCCAAACAUCUACGCAAACCCGCCGCUCCUUCCCCAAUGAUUUCGAUGAGCACUUUGCAGCCGCACCCAGCGCCGAAGACAAUAAUCCCUUCAAUUACCUGUCUCUCGAUUUUGACUCGUUCCGCGGUGUGGUGGAUUCCAACCGUUCGUAUAAUAUUAUUGAUAAUAUGGAAAUAUCACAGGAAAAUCUGGAUGAUAUUGACUGGACAACAGCCCUAUUUCAGGGAACAUCAUUACCUGAACUUGAUAAAGCUGCGCCUACGACCGGACAGUUUGGUCAACAUCAACAAGUCCGGGGCGUACAUCGAUCACAUCAACCACAGGAGGACGAUAUGUUCGAUUUUUCUUUAAAAGAUGAUGACGCGGGGUUCCCGAAGAACCAGCCAAUCAGUUAUAAUCGAAACAUUACAGGCGAUCUGGAUCGAGAUCUGGGCUUCUAA